GAGCCUCACUUUUACUCUCAUGCUGCUUUGUGAUUUUCUGUUUAUUUGUAGGUUUCUUUUCUUACAGUUUGAGCUUUCUGAUUGGCUUAUUUAAUGCAAUGUAUGUUAACUGGAUCCUCUGUUAUCCCUCUGUUUUGCAGGGAGUUGAACUAUUCGUUAAAGACGUGGACCCCAGGAUCAGUGAACAGCGCCUCUUUAAUGAGUUCCUCCCGUUCGGAGACAUCAUCAGCUUUAAGCUGAUGAUGGAAAACGGGCGCUCAAAAGGAUAUGGCUAUGUGACAUACUCCAAUGAAGCAGAGGCCAAAACAGCCAUAAGCGAGCUAAACGGGAAGAUCCUGGGAACGAAGGUUCUGUUCAUCGCGCUGUCAAAAUCCAAAGAGGAACUGGCCAGGCUGAAAAAUCGAAGAAACUGGACACGCAAGCCGUGUUACAAGAAAGACGCGAAGAGGUUCUGGCCACAGCGUCAUUAAUCUGCUGUACCAAACUGCCAGGAACCCUACAGAGACUCAAUAAAAUUAAAAAUCUUUACAAUAAAUUCAAUUCAAUUCAAUAAAAUGUUCC